GGCGAUUUCGUUGAGAAGGUAACGGAAUCUUGAGAUACACGAGCUUACAUUCAUCCGAAUUAGGAUGCAGUAAACACCCUUGUCAGCUGACAAGGGAGCAGUUUUUCGCAGUGCAUCACAGCCCUCUAACGGGCACUCUGUUCUCCAACUCACGAAACCUCGGAAGAUGUAUGGCAGUGCGCGGGCUGUCGGCCACAUCGAGGGCAGCCCUGCACGCUCCCCACGGCUGCCUCGUUCCCCACGGUUGGGCCACCGUCGGGCCAACAGCGGCAGUUCAGGUGGCAAGACCUUAUCUAUGGAGAACAUCCAGUCCCUCAAUGCUGCCUACGCAACGUCUGGCCCCAUGUACUUGAGCGACCAUGAAGGUGUCAGAUCCACAGCUACUUACCCUAAAGGUACCAUGACGCUCGGUCGGGCCACAAGUCGAGCGAUGUAUGGCGGCCGGGUCACCGCUAUGGGCAGCACCCCCAACAUUGCCUCGGUGGGGCUUCACCAUGCCGACCUGUUAGCAUAUGGCGAUCUAGGCUCACUGUCUAUGCUCCACCACCAAGUAACGCCGUCGGCCCUUCUGCGGCAGGCAGUCAGGGGUGGAGGGGGAGAACUUUUGGAGCUCCAAGCACAGCUACAAGACAUGCAGAGAGAAAACGAGCUUCUUCGGAGAGAACUAGACCUGAAGGACAGCAAGUUGGGCUCCUCCACCAACAGCAUUAAGAGCUUCUGGAGUCCAGAGCUAAAGAAGGAGCGAGUGAUGAGGAAGGAGGAGGCUGCUCGAACCUCCAUCCUGAAAGAACAGAUGCGGGUGACCCAUGAGGAGAAUCAGCACCUGUUGGACGACAGGAGAACAAAGCACCUCCAGUUGACCAUUCAGGCCCUGCAGGAUGAGUUGCGGACACAACGUGACCUAAACCAUCUCCUCCAGCAGGAGAGCGGCUCGCGGGCAAGCGGUGGCGAGCACUUCACCACCAUCGAGCUGACUGAAGAGAACUUCCGUAGGCUCCAAGCUGAACACGACCGGCAGGCCAAGGAGCUCUUUCUCCUAAGGAAGACCCUAGAGGAAAUGGAGCUGAGGAUCGAGACGCAGAAGCAGACACUGGGAGCCAGAGACGAGUCCAUCAAGAAGCUGUUGGAGAUGUUACAGAGUAAAGGGCUGCCCCCAGCUUCAGGGAGAGCAUCGGAUGAGGAAGAACAAGAGCGAGCCAGACGUAUUGCAGAGGCUGAAGCUCAGCUCGGCCAUCUAGAGGUCAUAUUAGACCAGAAAGAGAAGGAGAACAUCCAUCUGAGAGAGGAGCUCCAUCGGCGAAACCAGCAUCACCCAGACCCAGGCAAAACUAAAGCCCUUCAAACUAUCAUAGAGAUGAAGGACACCAAAAUUGCAUCUCUGGAAGGCAGCAUUCGGGACCUGGAAGACGAGAUUCAGAUGUUGAAGGCAAAUGGAUUGCUGAACACGGAGGACCGCGAGGAGGAGAUCAAACAGAUGGAGGUCUACAAGAAUCACUCCAAGUUCAUGAAGUCCAAGAUCGACCAGUUAAAGCAGGAGCUCUCGAAAAAAGAGUCUGAGCUUUUGGCUCUGCAAACAAAGCUGGAAACUCUGAACAACCAGAAUUCAGACUGCAAACAGCAUAUUGAAGUGCUUAAAGAGUCACUUACUGCCAAAGAGCAACGUGCAGCCAUCCUACAAACAGAGGUGGACGCUCUUAGACUGCGUCUGGAGGAGAAGGAGUCGUUCCUUAAUAAGAAGACAAAGCAGCUGCAAGACCUGACGGAGGAGAAAGGAACUCUUGCUGGGGAGAUCAGAGAUAUGAAAGACAUGCUUGAAGUUAAAGAACGCAAGAUCAACGUCCUACAGAAGAAGAUUGAGAAUCUUCAGGAGCAGCUGAGGGAUAAAGAUAAACAGCUGGGUAAUCUGAAGGACAGGGUGAAAUCUCUCCAGACCGACUCCAGCAACACAGAUACUGCCCUCGCCACUCUGGAGGAAGCGCUGUCCGAGAAGGAGCGAAUUAUUGAACGCCUGAAAGAACAGCGAGAAAAAGAGGACCGAGAGAGACUUGAGGAGGUGGACUCGUAUAAAAAAGAAAAUAAAGACUUGAAAGAGAAGGUGAAUAAUUUACAGCUGGAGCUGACAGAGAAAGAGUCGAGUCUCAUAGAUUUAAAGGAACACGCCUCGUCGUUGGCCUCAUCCGGUCUCAAGAAAGACUCCAAACUCAAGUCCCUUGAGAUUGCAAUUGAGCAGAAGAAGGAGGAAUGUAAUAAACUCGAGACACAGUUACAAAAGCAAGCAGAGCAGCUGUUCAGUCACAUGAACAAUCUUAAAGCCCAUGAGGUGGAGGUAAAGCAGAGCUCACGUGGGAACCCUGAGUAUGGGGACCGGGUCAAACUGUUGGAGAAAGAGGUGUCCUUCUACAAAGAAGAGUCCAGCAAAGCCCAGAAUGAGGUGGAGAGGUUACUGGAGAUACUGAGUGAGGUGGAGACUGAGAAAAAUGACAAGGAUAAGAAGAUCGCAGAACUGGAGAGGCAAAGCAAGGAUCAAAAUAAGAAGGGCCCAGGCAUCAAGCUUGGCCCACAGAUGGACAAAAAAGGCACCGGGAACAUCUUGCAAGAUCAACGCAAGGAUAAUCCAAUUGACAACCCAAAGAUGGAAGAGGUAAUGAAUAUUUUGGAAAAGACGAGACAGGAGCUGGAUGCCACCAAACAGCGUCUGUCUUCCACCCAGCAGUCUCUGGCUGAGCGCGACAGCCAUUUGACCAACCUCAGACAGGAACGUAGAAAACAACUUGAGGAGAUCUUGGAGAUGAAACAACAGGCUCUGCUCGCAGCCAUUAGUGAAAAGGAUGCUAACAUCGCUCUGUUGGAGCUGUCCUCCUCCAAUAAGAAGAAGACUCAAGAGGAAGUUUUGGCCCUGAAGAGAGAAAAGGAUAGACUGAUGCAUCAACUCAAACAACAGACACAGAGCAGGAUGAAACUAAUUGCCGACAACUACGAGGAUGACCACUACCACCUUCAUGCUCCACCCCCCCAUAUGCAACCCCUCCACCCUCAACCCCAACCCCAGAUCCCCUACCCACAAGGCCCACACCCUCACCAGCCCCCUUAUCCGCACGCACCCCAUCCCCAACACUCCCAGCCUCCACCCCAUCACCCACAACAACCCCCCCAACCACAAUAUCCCCACCCGCAGCACCCCCAGCACCCUCAGCCGCCUGGUCAACACCCACACCUACCCAGACCCCAACAGCCACACCCUCAACACCCUCAUAUCGGGGUCCCUCCACAGCAGCAUCCACACCCCCAGCACCCCCACGGGCCCCCGCCUCAGCAAGGCCCCCACCCUCAGCCCCUCCCACACCCGCAGCAGCACCCCCAUCACCCCUCACACCCCGGACCUCAGGGCCCACACCAACGACAUCCUCCACCUCUACACCAUCGAGGUCCAGGCCGUGGGCCGCCCCAUCCUGGACACCGACCCACCCCAGACCAGGAUGAUGAAGAAGGAAUUUGGGCUUAACCAUUUCCAAACCAAAGCAAUGAUAUUGUUUUAUGGGACAAUUCAAUCACUAAUGGAGGAACACAGCCAUGCCAUGCAAAUAAAACUAUACAUUGUCCACUCAGCCAGUCUUUAUCUACAAUCAGUUUCAUUCUUUUGGAUGGGGCCCCACUUAUUUCCAUGCAUUAAGGAAAGAGGCGGAGCAUUAGUGGGAGUGGGAGGAGCAAAACUGGAGAUGACCACCUGAGCAAAUAAUUAAAAAACAAAAUAGACAGGAAGACUGGACUAUAGAGCAGUGUUACUUCCUGGUGCAGUCCUUUCAAAAGACAUUUGCCUUGAAGACUCAUUUCUCAAUCAUCAUAAGAUGAGAGACAUGCUCAGCUGCAGCUGCUGUUAUCCUGGUUGUUACAUGCUACCAGUGCAUGCAUCUAGUGUCUGGCCCCUCCUCUUCUUAGUCCAGCCCCACCCACUCUCAUCUAGCCCCACCUCUUCAAAGAAGCAACCAAUCAAUCUGCACAAUUGACUGCACUCAUUCAAGCCUUGAUAAUGCACAUCACAUACUAACCAGAUUUGCCAAUUUGUUCUUGCUUGAGCUCCACUCCAAACCCCAGGACUGGUCUGCAUGUAAGUUGUCAUGCACCUAUGUACCUCCAAUAGGGACCGUUUCGAAUGGUGCUUUAACUGGUGCUCAGGCCCAAGAGAUGGAGACAGCCAUGGCUACAAUCUGCAGUGAAUUAGAUUUCUAGUAAUCUAUGGAUAUCAACUGAUCCGGCUGUCUGUGCUUUUGUCUGUAACACUGUAAUGCUCCCAGAUGUCAUCGUGCAAGUUCUGUUCAAUUCUACGGAAGAUAAUUAAGAUAUUUUUCCAACCUACACCUGCAGGUUGUAGUUUUAUGUUCCACAGAUCACAGGUAGGUCUAGAAUGUCCCAGAGCUCACGAGAGUGAUUGGUUAGACCUGUUUGCAGGGCCAGUUCACCCUGAGUGUCCCAUAAAUGGGAUGGCUUUCCUCCUUUAACUUACCGCCCCACCAGGUAUUGGCGAAGCUACCACCAGGCGCUACAACGCCCAACCCAAACUUCUCAUAGUGUCACAACAUGGUGGCGAGUGCCUAUUUAUAUAUAGAUAGUAGAUAUAUAAAUAGAGAAAUAAUAGCUAAAUAAGGUGUGUCUACUGUAAUCAGACAAUUGUGUCAGAUAUCCAAGAAAACUGUUUCCAUUUCUUAUGUGUGUUAUCAUCGUCUGUUUGGCCCUCACAGUGCUCCCAUUACAAGAUCUUGACACUGGGGUCUAUGCAAAAUAAUAAAUAACAAAAGGUCCUUUUUGCAGGAACCAUGGUGGAAUUUAUGGAAUCUUUAUCUAGAAAAAACUUGUAUAGAAUACUGUAUGUUGCACCUUGCAAAAAAAAAAUCAAACAGCAAUGAGAUCUGUGUGAAACGUCUACAACAUUAUGGACUGAAACCUAAAAUUGAGGGUAAGAAGCAUUAUCAACAUUGUUAAAGUGAAAAAUUUAAUUGAGAUGGCCGAGAUAUUGUUAAGAAAAUGUAUGUUGUCUUAAAUGUGUAAUUUCACUGCUGUAGUGUGUAGUUGUAGAGUUCUCGUUAGGACUUUUGCAAAAUUGUUCAGAAUAUGGCCAAGAUCUGACUGUUAAUAUUGAAAUGUUUGUGCGUCCAUGUUGCAUUUAAUGCUCUUGCUUUUCAAACGCCUUCACUCUGGUUCCAGAACCUGACUUGUCUCUGUUUUGGAAUGUUCAGAGUCAGUCUUACAUUGCUUAUUCUCUGGAAAAUUCCUAUGUUGCAUCCUAGAACAUUUAGCUGGUGUGGUUCUACAACAAACAGUUGCUUAUCCAGAAUAUCUUUACUGUGUGAUUCCCUGUUCUGUCUCUUGGAUGUUUUGAGUCCUUUUUUGCUAAUGGCAAUUCAGUUUCAAACACAACAAGAGUGUUUUAGCUGAAAUUCUAACUCUGUGUUCUAACUAGGCGCUAUGCAAUGGGUGACAGGUGAUAAAUCUGGUUACUAUAAGUUUUCGUCCUAGCCAACCACGACAAGCGAUGGGCAACGGGUGAUUUCUGUCAUGUCCCACUGGACAGACCACUCCAAAAAUGAAAUCUCAUUGGCCAAAACUUCUGAUUGGUUGUGAUUGUCUUAUGUCACGCAACAUUUUCACUUUUAGGCCAGAAACAUAUGCAGAUGCAGGCACUUGGCCAAUGCAUUAUCAACGCAUGGUUUGGUUAAUGCUUAACAUGCAUUCUUGCAUUUCUGUGCAGUAGCAAAUCUCAGUACACAAGUGGGCAAUAGAGUUAUCUUCAAAAGUCUUUGCCAUUAAACUGGAUGUGUUAUUUGGGUAAGUUGCAAUAAAUACUGUAUACUGACUUCAACUAACUUGCUCAGCAAUAUUCUCUUCAAACUGUUGCUUCACCUUGAUAGUAGUUGUCUUGAAAGAUAAAACUCAACGUAGAAGCAGACAGUUCAAACUAAUGCCCUUUGCAGCAACGUUGAGAGUGCAGCGCCUACUUGCAUUGUUAAAAAUUGCAUUCUGACACAUUUUAGAACACAACGCACAAAAUUGAGCUUGUGUAACUAGAUGUGUCUGCGUUCACGUACUUGCAUAGGCCUUUAAGGCUGAAAUAUUCUCUACAAAAGUACGUGACCGCAGACGCUUCUAGCCAUGCAAGCUCAAUUUCGUGCAUUGUAUGUUUUUACUUGCGUAAAGUAUGUUUCAGUUUUUGCGUGUGUCGACAGGCAAAUUGUUGCAUCGCUUCUGGUUAGGACAGUUUAAUGUUCUGUUGUCUGUUUGUCUGUCUGUCUGUCUGUCGUGCAAGUCUAUAAUUGUACUAUUAGACAAAGCAAGAGGACAAAAAACAUCAAACCUUACCUUCUUGGAAAUGUAUUGCAGUCCUCUUUUUUUUUUUUUUACUAUUGAAUACUUGAAGUAGGGGUGAUCUCCUGCCUUGGUAAAAAAUAUGUUAUAUAGAACAAAACAAAAAGAGAUAUGUUGAAUUAUGUGGUGAUGAUGCAUGAUUAUUUACAUUAUGUGCCAACUCUGGGCUGUGGCGAAGACAGGUCUAAUAGAUCUAAAUGCAAAAUAAUGAAGACUUAAAUGAUGAGAUAUACUGUAAUAAAAAAAGAAAGAACAAGUUCCAGCCCUGUAGGGUCUUUAAAACUCUGACUUAUGGGCCUCUGGUUUGAGCACAGGUCCAAAAUAAAGAGAACAAAAUGGAAGAUAUCUCUAUAUAUUUAUUUUUUGUUGUGUGCCAGUUGCAUUGUUUAUUUUAUUCAUGAUGUCAAAAAAUACAAACCUCUAGAUGAUACAAACCACUGUGACAAAUGGCAGAAAAAAAUGAGUAAUUCUAAGAAAACAUUGUUUUUACUUUUUUUAAGAUGUUUAUGUUUUUUUAAUUUUUUUUUAUUGUUUUUUUAUUUUUAUGGUUCAUGCUUUUUUGAAUAUGUCAGUUUGGGACUGUAAGAAUUGUACAUGGAAUUUGUUUUUCAUUUUGUUUCUUGUACAGCAGUGAAAACAAGUCUGAUUUGAGUGUCAGCAUGCUGAUUGAUACAGUGUGAACGUGGGGUUCAUUUUCCCAUGGUGCAUCAGUUGGCAUCAUGACGGUGUAAUGUGUUUGAGAAUGGUGUAUCCUCACCCCCACCCACUGCCAGUGGAUUGCCCGUGCAUCAAAAUAAACGCGUUCGCAUGUAUUCAGGGUGCAGAUCUGAGAUGCUGAAAGAGUGUGGAAUAUUCGUGUGUGUGUGUGUGUGUGUGUGUGUGUGUGUGUGUGUGUGAGUGUUAAACUGCAGAAAGUUAAGGUGCGAGAGGUGUUCAGUGUGAAAUCUGUGUCAUGUUUGAUGUUUUUAAACCCUGUUGGGCUUAACUCAGAGUCCUCCUCGAACUCCCCUGAUGUUUGCUAUUGUAUGUGUUGUAACCCCAACUAUUCUUGAGUGUCAGUCGGCUUGUUUAUCCAUUAAAUAAAAAUUACUUUCUGAUAUAUAAAUGUCUUUAUAUUAAAAAUAUAAUAAUAAUAAUAAAAAUAUAAGUUUAUUAGUUGAUGUUCAAAGUGUUACACUGUGUCCUGAUAAAAAUACACAUUGUAUUGGUAUAUUAUUAUGUUACAUGGUAUUUGUUAGUACUAGGGCUGUCAAUUUAACACGUUAAUUCAGUGCAGUUAAUUAUAUUGAAAAUACUGCUUUAAAAAUUAACGUAAUUAAUCAUGCCUUAGGACUGUAAUAAAGAAUUUUCCUUCCAUCGCAGCAAUUCAAUCUUGAAGUAGCCUAAGCGCAACUCCAGCUGUACAGACAACAAACCAUUCUGACAGCAGACGGAUAAUGAGGACGCGUUCAUGCGUUCAAAUAGAACUGCAGGGAGUGCAAAUCUGAACGCUGGGGACUUGAGAUGUGUUUUUCUAAAUUUCAAACUAAACAAAAUGGAUUGCUGUUGAAUCUAGACCAAUGAUAGGCUUAUGUUUAAUGAUAAGGAAUAAACAAUAUAUUGCCUUCUAAAGCCACUUUUUGUAAUGUACGUUACCUUUUGUAAUGUAAUGUAUUUAUGUACAGGUGCAUCUCAAUAAAUUAGAAUGUCGUGGAAAAGUUCAUUUAUUUCAGUAAUUCAACUCAAAUUGUGAAACUCGUGUAUUA